AUGCCCGUUGUUUUGGUUCGCCCGACCAAUCGGACUCGUCGCCUGGAUUCUACGGGAGCCGGGAUGGGCCCAUCGUGGCGGCAACAGGACUCCCCUCUGCCGACCAUAACGCAUUGCGCAGGCGGCGGCCACACCCGCAAGAAGAAGAACCAGAACAUCGGCUACAAGUUGGGACAUCGCCGCGCGCUCCUCGAGAAGCGGAAGCGGCUGAGCGACUACGCGCUGAUCUUCGGCAUGUUCGGGAUCGUAGUGAUGGUGAUCGAAACCGAGCUGUCUUGGGGCGCCUACACCAAGGAGUCGCUGUAUUCAUUAGCCCUCAAAUGCCUUAUUAGUCUCUCUACAAUCAUUCUGCUUGGUCUGAUUAUUGUAUACCAUGCAAGGGAAAUUCAGUUAUUUAUGGUGGACAAUGGAGCAGAUGAUUGGAGAAUAGCCAUGACUUAUGAGCGCAUUUUUUUCAUCUGCUUGGAAAUUUUGGUAUGUGCUAUACAUCCUAUCCCUGGCAACUACACCUUUACAUGGACAGCCCGGCUUGCCUUCUCCUAUACCCCAUCUACAACAAUAGCUGAUGUGGAUAUAAUUUUAUCCAUACCAAUGUUCUUGAGACUAUAUCUUAUUGCCAGAGUUAUGCUUUUGCAUAGCAAACUUUUUACUGAUGCCUCAUCCAGAAGCAUUGGAGCACUAAAUAAGAUCAACUUCAAUACACGUUUUGUUAUGAAAACCUUAAUGACAAUAUGCCCAGGAACUGUACUCUUGGUUUUUAGUAUCUCCUUAUGGAUAAUUGCUGCAUGGACUGUCAGAGCUUGUGAAAGGUAUCAUGAUCAACAAGAUGUUACUAGCAACUUCCUUGGAGCAAUGUGGUUGAUUUCAAUAACUUUUCUCUCCAUUGGAUAUGGAGAUAUGGUACCUAAUACAUACUGUGGGAAAGGAGUUUGCUUACUUACUGGAAUAAUGGGUGCUGGUUGCACUGCACUAGUGGUAGCUGUGGUAGCAAGAAAACUAGAACUUACCAAAGCUGAAAAACAUGUGCAUAAUUUCAUGAUGGAUACCCAGCUAACUAAAAGGGUGAAAAAUGCAGCUGCCAAUGUACUCAGGGAAACAUGGUUAAUUUAUAAAAACACAAAGCUGGUAAAAAAGAUAGACCAUGCAAAAGUAAGGAAACAUCAGCGCAAAUUCUUGCAAGCUAUUCACCAAUUAAGAAGUGUUAAAAUGGAACAGAGGAAAUUGAACGAUCAGGCAAACACUUUGGUGGACUUGGCGAAGACUCAAAACAUCAUGUAUGAUAUGAUUUCUGACUUGAAUGAACGAAGUGAAGACUUUGAGAAGAGGAUUGUUACUCUGGAAACAAAACUGGAAACUUUAAUUGGUAGCAUCCAAGCUCUCCCUGGACUGAUUAGCCAGACAAUUAGCCAGCAGCAAAGGGAAUUCCUUGAAGCUCAAAUACAAAAUUAUGAUAAGCAUGUAACCUACAGUGCAGAACGAUCAAGGUCCUUGUCUAGAAGACGGAGAUCUUCCUCUACAGCACCACCCACUUCAUCAGAGAGUAGCUAGAAGAGAAUAAGUUAACCACAAAAUAAAGACUUUUUUGCCAUCAUAUGGUCAAUAUUUUAGCUUUUAUUGUAAAGCCUUAUGGUUCUAACCAGUGUUGUCUGGGUUCUGAUGUCAGAAUUCUGGAAACCUGAACACAAGUUUUAGGCCAAAAUGAGUGAAAACUCUCUCUCUCUCUCUCUCUCUCUUUUCUUUUCAGAUGCACAGUGAAUGCACCUAUUAUUGCUAUAUAGAUUGUUCCUCCUGUAAUUUCACUAACUUUUUAUUCAUGCACUUCCAACAAACUUUAUUACUACUACAGUAUAUAAUAUAAUAAAAGGGUUACUUUCUGCACAUGGUUGCUUAGUCACUUUGACUUUAACAUUCCCAGCUCUUUUUUUUUAAUGAAAAUGUAGAAAAUGCUUUAAUUUUGGGAUGGCUGAGUUCAUUUUGUGUUUCUUUUGGAACAAGUUCUUAUUUCACAUUCUAUGCAGGAAAAGAUCAUAGUAAUGAUGCAUUAAUUUAAAUUUUAAAUUACUUUAAAAGACUGGAUGGACUUUAUUUAAAGUUUUGUUUUCUUUUUUCAUUAUGCCAGCUCAAGAAGACAAGUGAACAAAUUGUUUUUGUUUUUGUUUGCAAAUGUUGUGAAAGUUCAUUGAUGAGAGCUGCUGCACCCAUAUCUCCUCCAGUAUAUUGGCAGCAUGCUGUAUGUUCUUCUACAUUAUUUAUACAAAUAAUUGUUUACUAAAAAUUUAGAAAAGGGCUGGCUCCAAACCAUUUUAAACAUUUUUAAAUGUGUUUAUAUGUGGUGUGUGAGAAUAUCGUAUAUUUCUUUUCUUGUUAAGAGAAAUUUUCCAUUGAUGAAAAAUGUUGUGGCAUCUCAAUCUAUUUUGUCUCUCUUGUUUUUAGUUUGCUACCCAUUACAC